CAAACAGUAAACACGGAAAAGUGGUUAUGGCGGAUAGAAAUGAGAAGUUGCUGCUAGAGCUACUGAAACGACCAGGAAAUGGUGAAUGCGUUGACUGUGGGAGUAAAGGUCCAGAAUGGGCGUCUUACAACAUCGGAAUAUUUGUGUGUACUCGUUGUGCAGGAAUUCACCGCAGUCUAGGAGCUCACAUUUCAAAAAUAAAACAUUUAAAACUUGAUAGGUGGGAAGACUGUCAAGUUGAAAGAAUGAAGUCAGUGGGAAAUAUCACUGCCAAGGCAAAGUACGAAGAAAAUGUACCUCCUUGUUAUCGACGUCCAGUUGAAGGUGAUCCACAAGUUCUUGUUGAACAAUGGAUACGUGCAAAAUAUGAGCGAGAGGAGUUCAGUCAUCCUGGCCGACAAAAAUAUGUAUCAGGUUAUAUGGAAGGAUAUUUGAUGAAACGAGGGAAAGACGACAACCGUUAUCAUCCUAGAAAAUUUAUUCUUUCAGAAGCUGAGGAUACACUCAGAUAUCAUGUAAAAGAGAAGAAGGAUCCAAAAGCAAUAAUAAGACUGUCGGAACUAAAUGUAGCAUUCUCACCAGAAAAAAUAGAACAUGCCAAUUCUCUUCAGUUAACCUAUCUUAAAGAAGGAACUACUAGACAUAUUUAUGUGUACCAUGACAGCUCACAAGUAAUAGUUGAUUGGUACAUGGCAAUACGAUGUGCCAAACUGCACAGGCUGCAAGUUGCGUAUCCUGCAGCUAGUGAAUCAGAGCUGGUAGAUCAUCUAACCAAGGACUUUGCAAGAGAAGGUUGGCUGUGGAAAACUGGUCCAAGAAGUUCAGAUUCAUACAAAAAACGUUGGUUUACUUUGGACAACAGAAAACUUAUGUAUCAUGAAGACCCUAUGGAUGCACAUCCAAAAGGUGAGAUAUUCCUUGGGCAUAUGUUAGAUGGCUAUAGUGUGAGAGUAGGUGUUCCACCAGGUGCAAAGGACCUGAAAUUUUCGUUCACCUUACGGACACCAGAACGAGCAUAUCAUCUGUCUGCAGAAACUGAGGAUGACAGAGAUGAAUGGAUACAAGUUAUAACGAAGGUCUUGGAAAGGCACAUGACUCCUCAAGAUAGCUCAGUGGCAUCACGUCUCAUCCGUAAACGGGCAUCUGGAGCUGGAGUACACAUUUUUUCAAGCAGAUCAAGGCCAGAAUCGCACAAUUCACCAAAGUCAACACCAGGACGAGACACUCCUCUGAGCCAUCACAGUACAUCAGCUGAUGGACAGUGAGGCCUGUCAUGACAAUAGUAAUAACAGAACACCACCAUCUCAUAAAAUUAUACAGUGUUUUUAAUUACAUAAUUUUAAUUGAAUGUACUGCUGCAGUAUGAUGUCACUCUUAGGCAAUAAGUAUUCUGUUCCAUUCUUUAACAGAGAGAAUUGUGAUAUAAUUGCAGUGUAAGGAUUUUACCUGAUGAGUGAUGGUAUUCAGAAUAUAUAGUAUUAAUAAGCAGUGGUCACACUUUUAGGUGCCUUGAAAUAUUUUGCUUGAAAUAAUUUUUAAAAGAUCAUUUGGCACAGUCACAGUUACACUUCUUAUUAGAUUUAUGUUUUAUGCCAUUUUCACUGCCACUUUGUAGAAAUAAAUGAAGAUUUUUUAGGAAAUCAAACUUUAGUACCUAUGCAAAAGGUUGUUGAAACAGUUUAUAUUCAUGUAGGAAACAAAAUACUGUUGUUUUAAAGUAACACAUCUUUCGAGUCUUGAAGAUGAAAAUUUGGUCAGUUUUAGUUGCUAACUGUACAUUUUUUAUACCUUAAACAACUGACAAUUUUGUAUUUAUUGUAGGGAGGAUUUGUGUAUCUCUCUCUCUCUCUCUCUCUCUCUCUCUCUCUCUCUCUCUCUCUCUCUCUCUCUCUCUGUGUGUGUGUGUGUGUGUGUGUGUGUGUGUGUGUGUGUGUGUGUGUGAGAGAGAGAGAGAGAGAGGGAGGGAGGAGGGGGGGGGGGAGUGUCGGGUCCCCUUUUUUUUUCCCUCAAGCAGGAUUUGCUUAUCUGUCCAACCAUUACUCAAGAUGUGAUGCAGCUGCAUAAUACAUAUUUCAGAUGAUAACUAAGUAUGACUCAUUAACUGUGCUACAAUAGUAUUUGGGCAUUUCUCAUUUUCCAGUUCCUGUUUUAGAUGCCAAUUUACCGCAAUAGAAGUACUUAUGUACUUCAGUCAACAUUGCUUUCUCUUUGCCUUAUUCGGAAGUAAAAUCAUCCAUGAUUUUACACUUCAAACAAUGUUGUAGUUCAUUUUCACAUUAUAUUUGUAACUAAAUAUUAAUAAAAUAUUGUUAUGUCUUCAGUGAAACUUAGGUCUUGGAUUUAUGCCUCCAGAUUUUCUUUGGUUGCAUUUUUCCAUUACAUCAAAAGUCAUGUGUGCAACAUUCAUAAUAACAGAAACCGAUAUCAUAAAUGUGUUACUGUUAACAGAAUAUUCAAUUCAUACAAUAUUUAGCAAACAUUCAUUUUCAAAACUUACCAAUAAAUUUGAUACAUUGCUGUGAAUCCCACAAUAUUGUUGCUGUUUUGAAUUAAAGUAAAUGCACCCAGAGCAACUUUGUACUUCAUUACUGUUGAUGCCUUUAUUGGAUUUGACAUGGUUAACAACAUAUGUUGAAGUCUGUGGGUUUAUGCCUGUGAAUCUGAAACAUCAGAUCAUAAAAGGUACCAGUUGUCCAGAGCUGCAAAGCCAGUUAAUGACUGUGUUACAAUGUUCAGCUUUGGCCAAGAUUCACAUUUUUGGAUUAAGUCAUGGGCUCCGAGUGGUUAUGUAUCUGUUAUACAGGGGGAACCAAAAUUUGCAAACUUGGAUCCCACACUGCAAUUCCUUGCAGUCCAACAGUGCAAAAAUGUCUCAAGCAGGAUUUUGUCCUGUACAUCUUUUCCGAAAGAAAAAAAGGUGUUAAUGAAAGACAGGUUGGCAUGAAUGACAAGUAUCUUCAUUCAAUACUGCAAAGCUGUAUCUCCCAGUUAGUGCAGUGGGCAGAGUUUUGCAUUAGAAUAUUCCAGUCUGAGAGGUCAAUUCUGAACUAAGUUCUUUUUCUUAUUUUCUAAUUUUGAUCUGUCCAAUAACGCUGUGGAAUACUAUGUUUAUUAAAUGAUAUAUAUAUCCUACAACUAGUUUUUUAAUGUGCAACAUAAUACUAUUGGUCAAACAUUUGAGAAAUAUUCAUACUCAAUUAAAGAAAUUACUUAUUAUAGGACAGAAAUUCUAUUUCAGUAUUAAAUAAAUGCACUUGUUUUGUAUAAGACUUGCUGUAAUUGCUGCAUGAUAAUUAAGAAGCCAAGUACCACAUCAUGCUGUCUAAAAUUAGAACAUAAAAAGAUUUACACCUAAACCAAGAAAUGAAAUCUUGAACUUGGGUAUUAUAAUGUAGUAACUGGGCAGCCUAUUCACAUAGUAUUGAAUGAAUAUACUUUUCAUAGAUGUGAUUGCAGUGUUGCCAAAUUUCCAUUCUUUGACAUCCAUUUUCUACUGAAAAUAUGGGUGGGAUGAAAUUUUGUUAGAUGCCUUUUUGUACUGUUAGAAUGCAAGGAAUUGUCCUGUAGUAUCCAAUUGCACAAAUUUUGGUUCACCUUGUAUAUUGUACACUGAUAGUGAAUGUGUUACACACACACACACACACACACACACACAGACAGACACACAUGUAUCAGAAGCCAAAGACUGUAGUUUCAUUUGUUUCUGAUUUCUUGUUAAGUAGGGUUACCGAUGUAAGCAUAUAUUGCUUAGCUGCUUGAACAUAUCUAUUUGAUGUAAUUUCAUUCUGUAAAUUAAACAAAACAGCUUCAUCAUCAUACUACUACUACUACUAAUAAUAAUAAUAACAAAAAUAAUAAUAAUAAUAGCCGUCAUCGUCGUCAGGUGUGUUUUCUGUAUCCUUGCUCUGAAUUGUGUGUUUUGUUGUUCACACAGAAAGAGGGGAAAAAAACAGCGUGAACAUACAAGUUCUUCAUUGACAAUAUUCUAUCCUGGCUUUUCCUUUGGCUUUUCCUUCCAUAAGCUUGAAUCAUUCUCAUUGUGGAGAAGAAUACAUCUUCUCUUAAGAAUCCUUUAACCUUGGGCUUAAGUUCAUUUUAUAAAUACAUGUAUACCAGCUACAUAUGUAAAAUUUAUUACAGACGAAGAUAAUGUUCCUUAUAACAUUGUCUUACACUUGAAUUAUAAAGUAGAUGCUUACUAUCUAUCCAAUAAUGCAACAUAUGAGUUAAAUUCAUUGACUUCUUGAGAGAUGGUUGGACACUAAAACCAAGUACGCAAGUACCAUGUUUCAAAUUCAGUGUGCAGUUCAUUACAUUAUUUUUUGCUGUUAUUAAUUAUAUUUGCUUUUUAUGUACUGUUGUAGAACUAAGUAUCAUUGUACCUGUGAAAUAUUGACAUUAGUGACACUUCUACCAAUGAAGAUUCUUGCUGUAAUGUUCAGUGCCUAUAAAAAUCACACCAUUUUAAUUACUUAUGAGUAAAAAAGUUAAUUGAUCAGGAUUCUUGGUUCCUCCCCAUACAUUUUCAAGAACAACUAUUAUUUCAUUUUUGCUGUUGUAAUGAAUAGCCCUAGACAAAGAAUAGUUACCCAGUUCUUGCCAGUGUACUAUAAAUAGAGAUUUUUGACAUCAAAAUAAUAUAUUGGUGCAAUAUAAUACUAUUUUGUAGGUCUAAGUAUCAGAUACUGUACAAUUAAUUAAUUUUAAUGUGGCUGUUGAGUUUAAGGUGUUAAUUAAGAAUAUCUCAGAGUGGUGUGUGUGUGUGUGUGUGUGUGUGUGUGUGUGUGUGUGAGGGAGAGAGAG